AAAUCAUAUUCAUUCUCUCUGCACAGGGACCUAACUGCAGUAGCCAAGCCUUGCAGUUUCGGCGACAAGAGUACAAGUGAUGUUAUUUUACGUUUGAUAAAUGGUGAAGGAAGACCUGAGUGGUUCUGCUCCCACUCAUCGGUUCUCGUAAGUAAAAGCAGAUUCUUUGCAGAUCAGCUCUCUCAUCCCGACUUUGGCUCCUGCACUGAGAUUCAGUGCUCGGAUUCUACUUAUGAUCAUCAUGUUAACCUCUUGAGAUUACUUUAUCUUCCCCCUGAUUCACUUUUGGACUCCCUGGACUCGGUCCAUUCUGCUAUCGGUGUUCUACACUUGGCAGUUUCGUUCCGUUGUGACGACGUUACAAACUGCUGCAUCCAGUACCUGGAGGCUGUUCCUUGGGACGAUAAGGAAGAGGAACAAAUUAUAAAAGCAGUUUCGAAACUGGGGCCGAUAGCCAUGCCCAUUUUGGCAAGGAUCCAACCAGUAGAUUUAAGUGCCACCAAAAGUGUGUUUAUUUCAGCAGUUCGCUUUGCCACGUCAAUUGGUGGAUCUUGUCCUCCUUUUGGAGAUGAGCUCAAGACAUCUGCGCAGGAACAAGUGGAAUUCAUGCUUGGAGGAGACGAAGAAACCCCGUUAGUUACAGCCGAAGAUGAAGUUAAAUCAGUGAUAAAAUUAGGUCUUACUGAAGUUUGUUCAUUGUUCGAAAAUGAAUUGUCUUCAUUGCUUGUUGUUUCGGAUACCACGGCUGAGACUGUUGAGAACAGAAUUUUGCAGAGCCUAUCGGAUGUCGAGUGGAUGUGUAACAUACUCCCAAAGAUGGAUUUAAUGAAGGACUUCGUUUGUAGUUGGGGUGACAUGUCUGGUAAGGUUUUGGGGAUAAUUGAGGACAAGAAACUUGAUAAUGCCAUGUGGGGUAUGAAGCUGAAGCUUAUAGAAGUGACCGGGAAAGUGCUCGAAGCUGUCGGCUAUGGAAAUGUGAUUCUUCCCGCACCCUGUCGGGUCCAAUUGCUGAAGACAUGGCUACCCUAUAUAAGGAAGAUUAAACCUCUCCUAGAUGCGGAAAGCAACAAGUACACAGAUUUCCCUUACAAGAUGGAUGAAGAAUUGUGCCAGAGUAUCGAGGGAGCAAUCGUGUCGUUAGUAUUAGCUUUGCCGUCUAAUGAUCAAGCUGAUAUUCUAUCGGAUUGGAUGGAAACCAAGCAAGUUAAGUAUCCCGACUUGAGCGAGGCAUUCGAGGUAUGGUGUUACAGAACCAAGUCAGCAAAGAGAAGAUUGAUGGAAGGCUUGGAUAGAGUUGGCAACACCACCGUCAGCCUUUGAUUUCUUAGACGCUGUAUGAUUAACGUGUAAAAUGAAUAGAUGAUGACAAUCCCUAUUCAUAUAACUCGGAUUCAAUCUAAGCUCUAUAUGACCCUUUUGCAGCA